AUGGACAAGUUUGAUAUUGCGGGUGCUGGGGCAUGUUUGAAUAGCUACACUGAUCCAUCAUUCUUUAAAGCAGAAUCAACAUCCUCUGGGGUUGUGAAGUUACAGGUUCAGAGGGAAAAGAAAAUCCGCGAAGGAAAGAAGAAAAGAUAUCGCUGGAGGAAUGGAUCGAGAAACCCCAGAGGUUUUACUAGCGACACAUGCCAAAUUGCAUCAGUUGUUUUAUGGAAGAUCGUGUUGAGAAUGGUACUGAUGGUCCUGCAAGGGUAUGAAGUGGUUCAUGAAAUUUGUGCUAGUCCACCCUCAUUGAAAUUGGCAUCCAACAGUGGUCAUGAGCUAGGGCUUGAAAUACUUGAAAUCAGUACAGUCAAUCCUUCCAAGGAGUCAUUGCAGAGGAAGAGUUCAUCUCCUCGUGGACAGGAAAAGGUCCAAAGACCUUUCAUGGAUGAGGUGGUUGAAGAAGCCAGUGAUGGAGCAAUUUUGAAAGUGCCUGAGUCAAACCCUGAAGGUGAAACUGACAAAAUUUCCUCUAUUUAUAAGGUGUCGGACGAAAGGGAGGUACAAGUUGAUGGGGAAAGCAAAAUAGAAGGCAAUGUAAAUGGGCACCAUUCUGAUGAUGUCACAAGUGACAAUUACAUGGAUGUCCUUAAUACUAUGGAAUCGGAAAUGGAAACAGACAUUGAGAAUAAGCCUAAGAACAAGAUGGGUUUCCUCAAUGAACUUGGAGCUCAGUUUUCAGAUUCUCAAUCAAAUGGAGCACCAUCAAGGGAUGGGAGCAGUUUGUGCAAGAAAGGAAGAUCUAGUAUUUUCAACUCUGAUAUAAGUAAUUUAGCUAAGAACUCACCAUCCAAUGGUGAUGGAGUAGUUGAAGUGUUCCCUUGUACUGAUAUCUGUGUGGAUGAGAUUGUUGAUGUGCCACCUAACCAUCUUUCCAUAAAUGAGGAGUCCAAACCCAAAUCUCAUGAGCAUGUAAUGCCCAAUGAUACAUGCAUUGAUAUAACUGGUGUCCAUGGUUACAGGUCUGAAUUUGUGGAGGCAUCUUGUACUUCGUCUCCUAAAGAUUUGAAUGUUAUGCUUCCGCCUGUGAAUUGUGGAAAAAGUUUGAAAGAAGUUUCGGGGGUGGAACCAGAAUCGGAUGGAAUAUCCUGUGACCAUAUUAAACCUAGUACUGAAUUUUCAAAUGCUGUUGACAAUGAGACUGAUCUGGGUGACAAAUUAUCUGAUGCAAGCCAUCUCGAGAGCAAGUUAGAUGGUGCAGAUCCAAAUGUCUUUUUUGAUGCUUUGUUGCAUCUUUCAAAUGUUUCAGAUUUGGAUCCCAAAAAGGGAAGCAGUGAUAUGUCCAAUCUCAUGUCAAAUGCUCCUGACCUGGCUCCUGAAAAGGAAAUUAGUGACAAUUUUACUGAUUCACCAAAACCUAUUACGUCACCUGCAGAAGAUCAGCUUCUUGGCUCAACCUUGUCAAGACCACUGCCUGACUGUUCACCUGCUUCUAUUGCUUGUGAUGCUGAUGUCAAACCUGUUUGCAUUGCCUCCGAAAUUGAUGCCAAUGUCCCAGAAAAUGGAUUCAACUUAAAGAACUCAACUCGUGUGGCAGAUAUGCCACAUACCCUUACUCUUACAGAGCAGUGGUCUUCGGAAAUAACAGUUGGUGGUCCUCAACUUGAACUUGAUAUUUCGGAGAUGCAUGUUUCAUCCUCUGGAGAGAAAAUGAAGCUUGAAGGGGGUUUCUGGUGCCUCAGAUGGUGA